AUGGCUGUCGAACAGAAAUCAUUGCUAAAGGUCAUCAUAUUAGGAGACUCUGGCGUUGGAAAAACAGCUCUAGCUUGUAAAUAUUCGAACAGCUAUUUUCCUAUAAACACGCAAGCAACGAUUGCAGUGGAAAUUCUCACCAAACGGAUUCUUGUAGAUGAUAAAGUGGUCUCAGUUCAGAUAUGGGACACAGCUGGAGCAGAACGUUUUAACUCACUAGGCACAAGUUUCUAUCGUGGUUCUGAUUGUUGUGUGCUGGUCUACGAUGUGACGAAUAAAAAUUCAUUAAAGAAUUUGCAGACUUGGCAUGACGAGUUCCUAAAACUAACGGAACCGGCAAAUCCUGAGCAUUUCCCCUUUGUUGUAUUUGGCAACAAGACCGAUCUGAAAAAUCGCCAAGUGCAGGAGCGUCAAGCUCGGCUUUGGUGUCAAUUAAAUAACAACAUUCCCUAUUAUGAGAUUUCAGCUAAAGAUAGCAGUAAUAUUGACUUGGCUUUUAGAGCCGUUGUUGAAAAAGCUCUCCAGCGCGACACGAAACAAAGUAACCCGCAGGAUCUUGAUAGAAUCACUUUGUCCCCACCAUUAGAAACAGAUAAAACUUCUGAAAAAUGCUGUAAAUAG